UAAUAAUAUAAUAUUACGACGUCUGUUAUCUUAUACGCGCUCGUCUGUCGUUUGGAUUUUCGAUUAUUCGAUCUGUUCUAGAGCGAAAAAGUUAUAUUAAUAUUGUCUUCGUCCUUUAAUAUUAAUUUUACAAAAGACCGGCCGACGUUUGCUGUUGCUAACCGGAUUACUGUGGAUCUCCUCGAACACCAAAAAUCAUUAGAAUUUUUCAUAUAACCACCCGCUGGUACGGUUACGAUGAUUCCAGAUGAUUCCAGAUGAUGAGUCCAUGAUGGCAUUUCCAUACGUUAAAGUGAUAUUUGAAAUUGGUCAUGAGGCGUCUGUUAGAAACAAACGAACACCAGAAGGGUUCACUCAUGACUGGGAAUUGUUUGUUCGUGGUGCUGACAAUACAGAUAUACAUUUCUUUAUCGACAAGGUUGUGUUCCAUUUACAUGACACAUUUCCAAACCCAAAAAGAGUGGUUAAGGAACCACCAUAUGUCGUGAAAGAAUCAGGAUAUGCUGGUUUUCCGUUACCUAUUGACAUCCAUGUAAAAAAUAAAGAUGAACCAAGAAAAAUUAGAUUUAAUUAUGAAUUGAUACUUCAAGAACGUGGUUUACCACCUAUGUCCAAAGUGACUAGAGAAACCUAUGUAUUUAGCCCUUCAGAAGAUUUCAGGCGAAAGCUUAUCAAAGGCGGAGGAACUAGUGUAUUAUCUCAUGAUGGAACUGAAGCAAAAAACUCCAAUUCAAGUUCUGCCAUAUCAAAACAAAAAUCAAUUACAAAUAUUAAUCGAUUGCCAUCACCUCCACCAAAAAAAAAUAAAAAAGAAGAUAUAAAACUAAGUAAUACAUUUGCCACACUUUUUGGGUCUCCAAUACAACCUUCAAAGUUACCAUUGACUACAUCAAAAUCAACAUCACAAAAGCUAUCUUCUUCAGACAAAUCACAAGUUAAAAUUAAAAGUAGCCCACAUCAUAAAGAAGAUAAGAAAGAUAAAGAAAAAGAAAGAGAUAAAGUGAAAAAGAAGUUGAAAGAAUUAUCUAUAGAUAAGGUGAAAAAAGAUAAAGAUAAAAAAGAAAAAACUAAAGAAAGUUCUGAAAAAUCAAAGUCUCUCAAACAAAGUAGUUCUAAACCUGAAAAGAAAGAAUCUACUCAUCAUGAAAAAAUUAAAGAGAAAUCAAAUGACAUUAAAUUAGAAAAGAAAGAAUUUAAAGAUAAAAGCAAACGUGAAGAUAAAGUAAAGGAGAAAAAUAAAGAUAAGUCUCAUAAAGAUGAAAAAUCAUAUCACGAAACCAAAGUAAUUAAACAAGAAAUAAAAACUGAAUUUAAUGAUCAAGAAAAAAAGAAACAUAAAAGUUCACCAGAAUCAAUUAAAAUUAAGUCUGAUAAAAAAAUAGAAAAAUCUGAAAAAUCAUCUAAACCUCAUAAAAGUCACAAGGAGCAUAAGAAAAGAGAUAAGAGAGAUAAAGAAGAAAAAUUAAUCAAAAAAGAAGAAAAGUCUAGUUUUGUUGAACAAAAACCGUCGUACAAACACCUUGAUAUACCUCAAACUAGUACUUUAAUAGAAGAUUUUCCAAAAGUUAAGGAAGAAAUCCUAGAAUCUUUGCCACAGCCAAAAGCUAAUUCUUCAAGAGUUCAUGAACCUGAGCUUGAGUCUGAAGAAGAAUUCCUUUCUGAGGAUAGUGAACCACCUUAUCAACCACCAGAACCACCAAAACCUAAAGAACCAGAACUACCCAAAAAGAAACUUUCUCCUGAAAAUAAUUUUAUAAAAAAGAAAAAACGGAAAAAGAAGGAACGGGACACAGAAGAAACAAAACCUAAAACUAGCCGACUGGACAUUUCCGAACAUGUACAAGAAACGUGUUCAGACAUUUCAAGAUCGCCAUCACCGUCACACAGUAACAACAAAUUUACAGAUGAAUAUAUAAACUCUUUAAAGCAUCUUCAACACAAAAUAAUGAUGUUAGAAGAUGAAGAUCUUCAAAGGGUAGUCACUGUAAUAGCCGAAACAGGUCAUUAUGAAAUAACUACAAAAACUUUUGAUUUUGACCUCUGUGCUUUGAAUGAAACUACUGUGAAAAAAUUACAAGAACUUAUAACUUAGUAAAUUUAAUCUAUAAUUUAUAAUACACACAUAAAUUUAUAUAUUUA